GUGUUAAUUUGUUUUACAAUCAUCAUUUUUACACCAAUUUUUAUUUUGAUCCAUGUGUUGUAUAAGUGGUCCAACCAAAAACGGUUAAAUCUUUCUCCCACUAACGUUGAGUGGAUUUCAACUACAUAAACAAUUUUACACACAAAAAUAAGUGAUGGGUCGAAAAGGAAAACGCUCAAGAAAUGCUCAAUGCGUUCACAAAGAAAAUAACAAUCCAUCACCAAUAGAAGCGAAUCAUUCAACCGACGCCUCUGCAGAAACACAAAUUUUACAAAAAUCCACCACAACACUCGAUAACAAUUUUAUAAACAAUAUGGCUAGUGUCGAUACAGAAACAAUCGAAAAUUCCGAUCAACAGCAACCGUUAACGAAUGGAAACGGUGUUCCAGUAAAUUUUAUGUUAGGUGAUGAAAAUGGUGAUGCAGAAAAUAUGAACGGUCAUGCUGAAACACAUCAUGAAGAAUUAGAGGAUCAUUUUCCAGUGGACGCAGAUGAAAUUGAAGAAGAUGAAAUCAGACGUAAUCAUUCAAGUACCAGUUUACAAUAUCAAACACAGCUUCAAGCGAAACAAGAUGCCAUGGUUAGUUUAGCUGAGAAACGAAGGCGACUUAAGCCUAGCAUGUCCCAAGGGACUGUUAUGUUGGCGAAUCGUUUUCAAGAGAAAGAUUUUACUGUUGCAACGCCUGAAGAAUUUGUUCGUCGUUUUGGUGGUACUAAAGUUAUCAAUAAGGUCCUGAUCGCAAAUAAUGGUAUCGCUGCAGUAAAAUGUAUGCGAUCAAUUCGAAGAUGGUCCUAUGAAAUGUUUAAAAAUGAGCGCGCUGUACGUUUCGUGGUAAUGGUUACGCCAGAAGAUUUAAAAGCCAACGCUGAAUACAUCAAAAUGGCUGAUCAUUAUGUUCCAGUUCCAGGCGGUACAAAUAACAAUAAUUACGCCAAUGUUGAGCUUAUUGUUGAUAUUGCUGUCAGGUCACAAGUGCAAGCUGUAUGGGCUGGUUGGGGUCAUGCCUCUGAAAAUCCAAAACUACCUGAACUAUUGCAUAAAAAUAAUAUUGCAUUUAUUGGUCCACCAGAAAAAGCUAUGUGGGCGUUAGGUGAUAAAAUUGCAUCGUCAAUAGUUGCACAAACCGCCGAAAUUAGUACAUUACCAUGGUCUGGUUCUGAAUUAAAAGCUACAUAUUCAGGAAAAAAAAUUAAAAUUAGUAGUGAGCUAUUUGCCAAAGGUUGUGUUACCACACCGGAACAAGGUUUAUUAUCUGCACAAAAAAUUGGUUUCCCCGUAAUGAUAAAAGCUUCUGAAGGUGGUGGUGGUAAGGGUAUUCGUAAAGUAGAUAAUACAGAAGAUUUCACGGCCGCUUUUCGACAAGUACAAGCUGAAGUACCUGGUUCACCAAUAUUUGUCAUGAAAUUAGCAAAAUGUGCACGGCAUUUAGAAGUACAAUUAUUAGCUGAUCAGUAUGGAAAUGCAAUCUCGUUGUUUGGACGUGAUUGUUCUAUACAACGUCGUCAUCAAAAGAUUAUUGAAGAAGCUCCAGCUGCUAUAGCUGAUCCAGAUAUCUUCGAAGAAAUGGAAAAGUGUGCCGUACGUUUAGCGAAAAUGGUAGGUUACGUAUCAGCUGGUACCGUUGAAUAUUUAUACGACACCUCAGGAAAAUAUUACUUUUUGGAAUUGAAUCCUAGAUUACAAGUCGAGCAUCCUUGUACAGAAAUGGUAUCCGAUGUAAAUUUACCCUCAGCACAAUUACAAAUUGCCAUGGGUCUCCCAUUAAGUCGUAUCAAAGACAUUCGUUUAUUAUAUGGCGAAUCACCAUGGGGUAACUCAGAAAUUGAUUUCGAUCAACCUCGUCAUAAACCACAACCAUGGGGACAUGUUAUCGCAGCACGUAUCACAUCUGAAAAUCCGGAUGAAGGUUUCAAGCCCAGUUCGGGUACAGUGCAAGAAUUAAACUUCCGUUCAUCGAAAAAUGUAUGGGGUUAUUUCAGUGUUGCUGCUUCAGGAGGUUUGCAUGAAUUUGCUGAUUCACAGUUUGGUCAUUGUUUCUCAUGGGGUGAAAAUCGUGAACAAGCUAGAGAAAAUUUAGUCAUUGCUUUGAAAGAAUUGUCAAUUCGAGGUGAUUUCCGAACGACAGUCGAAUAUUUAAUAACAUUGCUCGAAACGAAGAGUUUCCAAGAAAAUACCAUUGACACAGCUUGGCUUGAUAUUUUGAUAUCAGAACGUGUUCAAGCUGAAAAACCUGAUAUAAUGCUUGGAGUAAUUUGUGGAUCAUUACACAUCGCUGACAAAACAAUUGAAGGUGCUUUCAGCGAUUUCAAAAAUUCACUUGAGAGGGGCCAAAUUCAAGGAUCUAACACAUUAUCCAAUGUCGUAGACAUCGAAUUAAUCAAUUCCGGUUAUAAAUACAAAGUCCAAGCAACAAAAAGUGGUCCAAAUUCAUAUUUCCUCGUAAUGAAUGGAUCAUUUAAAGAAAUUGAAGUACAUCGUCUCUCUGACGGAGGUAUUUUACUUUCUGUAGAUGGAUCAUCUUACACAACAUACAUGCGCGAAGAAGUUGAUCGUUAUCGAAUUAUAAUCGGCAAUCAAACAUGUAUAUUCGAAAAAGAAAACGAUCCAAGCAUAUUACGUAGUCCUUCCGCUGGAAAAUUAAUUGGAUGGCUCGUUGAAGAUGGAGGUUCCGUUAGUAAAGGGCAAGCUUACGCUGAAAUUGAAGUCAUGAAAAUGGUAAUGACACUAACUUCAAGUGAAACUGGUAAAGUUAACUAUGUCAAACGACCUGGUGCUGUUUUGGAUGCUGGUGAUAUUAUAGCGAAUUUAGAAUUAGACGAUCCAAAUUUGGUUACGGUCGCACAAUUAUAUAGAAAUCCAUUCCCCGAUUUGGAUACAUCUAUAUCUAAUGGUGUUUCUCAAAAAAUGAAUCAUAUCCAUAACAGUUAUCGUACAGUUUUAGAAAAUACAUUAGCUGGAUAUUGUUUACCAGAUCCAUACAAUGCACCUCGUUUACGCGAAAUCAUUGAGAAAUUUAUGGCUGGCCUACGUGAUCCAAGUCUUCCAUUGCUAGAAAUGCAAGAAGUUAUUGCAUCUAUCUCAGGACGUAUACCAAUGAUUGUAGAAAAGAAGAUACGGCGGUUAAUGUCCGAUUAUGAACGAAAUAUUACGUCAGUACUAGCACAAUUUCCAAGUCAACAAAUUGCUAGCAUUAUUGACAGCCAUGCAGCUACAAUACAAAAACGUGCCGAUAAAGAUGUAUUCUUUAUGUCAACCGAAGGAAUUGUGAAUAUUGUACAAAGAUAUCGAAAUGGUAUUCGAGGACACAUGAAAUCAGCUGUACAUGAAAUGCUCAAUAAAUAUUACGAAGUCGAAAGCCAAUUUCAAUUAGGUAGCUACGAUAAAUGCGUAAAUGCAAUUCGGGAAGCAAAUAAGGACGAUAUGCAAGUUGUUAGUAACCUCAUAUUCAGCCAUUCUCAAGUUGCCAAAAAGAAUUUAUUAGUGACCAUGUUAAUUGAUCAUUUAUGGUCGAACGAACCUGGUUUAACAGAUGAACUCGCUAACACUUUGACCGAACUAACAUCAUUAAAUCGCAGCGAACAUUCACGUGUCGCCUUACGUGCUCGUCAAGUUCUCAUUGCUGCUCAUCAACCUGCCUACGAAUUACGUCACAAUCAAAUGGAAUCCAUAUUUUUGAGUGCUGUGGAUAUGUAUGGACAUGAUUUCCAUCCGGAAAAUCUACAAAAAUUAAUCUUAUCUGAGACUUCGAUCUUUGAUAUUUUACAUGAUUUCUUCUAUCAUAGUAAUCGUGCUGUAUGUAAUGCAGCGCUAGAAGUUUACGUGCGACGUGCGUAUACAAGCUACGAUCUUAGUUGUUUACAACAUUUAGAAUUAAGCGGUGAAGUUCCUUUAGUACAUUUUCAAUUUAUGUUGCCACCAUCACAUCCAAACCGUUUACGACGAUACGAUGAAGAUAAUGGCCCAUGUUAUGAUACAUUCCAACGUACUGGAUGUAUGGCCGCAUUUGAAAGUGCCCAACAUUUUGAACAGUACGCCGAUGAAAUUUUCGAUUUGAUUGAAGAUUUAUCAAACCCAGCGGAUAUAGCAAGUCGUGUUUUAGAUGGUGUAGAAAGUGGUUUAGAUUCACAACACAAUUCAACCAGUAUCAAUGUUAGUUUAUCAACGGAUGCUGGCCGCGCAGGUACUAUUGAUGAAGAAUUCCAAGAGCCAAUACAUAUCUUAAGUAUUGCUGUAAAAGAUAAGGGUGACAUGGAUGACUCAACCAUGAGUAAAGUUUUGGGUAGUUUUUGUGUGAAACAUAAAGAUGAAUUGGAGAAACGACGUAUUCGACGAAUUACUUUCAUUGUUCUUAAACGGCGUCAAUUCCCUAAAUUUUAUACAUACCGUUAUCGUGGUAAUUUUACCGAAGAUCGAAUUUACCGUCAUUUAGAACCAGCAUGUGCAUUCCAAUUAGAAUUAAGUCGUAUGCGUAAUUAUCAUUUAGAAGCAUUACCAACGUCAAAUCAAAAAAUGCAUUUAUACUUAGCGAAAGCUAAAACACCAAAAGGCAAAGAAGUCACUGAUUAUCGUUUCUUUAUCCGUUCAAUCGUACGUCAUUCAGAUUUAAUUACCAAAGAAGCUAGUUUUGAAUAUUUAGAAAGUGAAGGUGAACGUGUCUUGUUAGAAGCUAUGGAUGAAUUGGAAUUAGCAUUCUCACAUCCACAUGCUAAACGCACAGAUUGUAAUCACAUUUUCUUGAACUUUAUGCCAACGGUUAUUAUGAAUCCAAAGAAAAUUGAAGAAUCUAUUAGUGGUAUGGUCUUACGAUAUGGAGCAAGAUUAUGGAAAUUACGUGUAUUGCAAGCCGAAUUAAAAAUGCUUAUUCGAGAAGCUCCUGGAUCUGAUACUGUUCCAAUUCGUUUAUGUCUAGCCAAUGACAGUGGAUAUUACCUUGAUUUCAAUAUGUAUACUGAAGUGGCUGAUCCCAAGACUGGUGUGAUUCGAUUUGAAGCAUAUGGAUCACGACAAGGUCCAAUGCAUGGAUUACCAAUUUCCACACCAUAUUUAACCAAAGAUUACCUCCAACAAAAACGUUUCCAAGCUCAACAAUCUGGUACCACUUACGCCUAUGAUAUUCCAGAUAUGUUCAGACAAAAUAAUGAAAAAUUAUGGAAAGAAUAUAUUGCAAAACGUCCUGAUGAAGAUUUAAGAAUACCAGAUAAGAUUAUUGAAUAUGUAGAAUUGGUAAUGGAUAGUGAAACAGAAAGUUAUUUAAAUGAACAAAAACGUGUACCUGGUGAAAAUAAUGUGGGUAUGGUUGCAUGGAGAAUAACUUUAUACACUCCUGAAUAUCCUUUAGGGCGUGAUAUUAUUUUAAUCGCCAACGAUAUUACAUUCUUAAUUGGAUCGUUUGGACCACGUGAAGAUCAAGUAUUUAAACUUGCAUCGGAAUAUGCACGAAAACUUAGGAUACCUAGGAUAUAUAUUGCAGUAAACAGUGGUGCACGUAUUGGUUUAGCUGAGGAAGUGAAAAAAUGCUUCCGAGUUGCAUGGGAACAACCCGAUAAUCCAGAUUUAGGUUACAAAUAUUUGUAUUUAACACCAGAAGAUUAUGCUACACUUAGUACAACGAAUAGUGUGCGUGCUACUUUAAUUGAAGAUGAUGGCGAACCACGUUACAAAAUUACGGAUAUCAUUGGUAAACAAGAUGGUAUUGGUGUGGAAAAUUUGAAAGCUGCGGGUAUGAUUGCUGGAGAAACUUCUGAAGCAUAUAGUGAUAUUGUUACCAUUUCAAUGGUAUCAUGUCGUGCUAUUGGUAUUGGUGCUUACUUGGUUCGUUUAGGUCAAAGAGUUAUACAGAUUGAAAAUUCUCAUAUUAUUUUAACUGGUUACAGUGCUCUUAAUAAGGUGUUAGGACGUGAAGUAUACGCUUCAAAUAAUCAAUUAGGUGGUAUCAAUAUUAUGUACAACAAUGGUGUGACACACAAAACAGAACAAAACGAUUUAAAUGGUAUUCUAACAAUAUUAAAAUGGUUAUCAUACAUGCCAAAGGAUAAAAUUACAAAACAAUUACCAAUAUUAAAUCCAAUCGAUCCAAUUGACCGAGAUAUACAAUAUAUUCCACAAAAGGGACCAUACGACCCACGAUUAUUAUUAACCGGUCGACCACAUCCAAAUAACCCAGAUGAAUGGGAAAGUGGUAUUUUGGAUAGAGAUUCAUGGAGUGAAAUUAUGCAACCAUGGGCACAAACUGUUAUUACUGGACGUGGACGUUUAGGAGGCAUUCCAAUUGGUAUAAUUGGUGUAGAAACACGGACCGUGGAAUUAACAAUGCCUGCCGAUCCAGCUAAUUUAGAUUCCCAAGCAAAAACUAUUUCACAAGCUGGUCAAGUAUGGUAUCCUGAUUCAGCUUACAAAACCGCACAAGCAAUUCAAGACUUUUCCAAAGAAGAUUUACCUUUGUUAAUAUUCGCAAAUUGGCGUGGUUUUAGUGGUGGUAUGAAAGACAUGUAUGAACAAAUUGUUAAAUUUGGUGCAUACAUUGUUGACGGACUUCGUAAAUACGAACAACCAAUCUUCGUGUAUAUUCCUCCUUACGGUGAACUACGUGGUGGUGCCUGGGCUGUUGUAGACUCUACAAUCAAUGAACGAUUUAUGGAAAUGUAUGCCGAUUCAUUGGCCAAAGGUGGAAUCCUGGAACCUGAGGGAACAGUAGAAAUUAAAUUUAGGAAAAAGGAUCUCAUUAAUACAAUGUUACGUAUUGAUAAACCUUUGAUGGAACUUAAUUCAAGGGUUAAUGAGUUCAACAGAGCACAACCUCCAACAGAACGAAAGUCCAGUAUAUCACAUAAAACAGUGGAACAACCAAAAUUACCAGAAGUUGUUGAGUUAGAACGAGAAAUGGAUGCUAGAAUUAAAUUAUUGUUACCAAUGUAUCAUCAAGUUGCUGUUACUUUUGCUGAUUUGCAUGAUACACCCGAACGAAUGUUAGAAAAGAAUACAAUUCACGAUAUUGUCGUAUGGAAAAAAGCCCGAACCACAUUAUAUUGGCGAUUACGGCGGGUAUUAUUACAAAAUGAUAUAAUCACAGAAUUAUUAAAAGUACAACCGAAUUUAAGCUUUGGUCAAGGACAAGCAAUGUUACGACGAUGGUUUAUUGAAGAUAAAGGACCAUCAGAAGGAUACAAAUGGGAGAAUAAUGAGGCUGUUGUAAAUUGGUUGUUGGAACAAAAAACCCGUGAUAAUUCAAUUAUUUCGCAUAAUUUAUUGUGCGUGAAAAAAGAUGCGAAAUUACAUAGCAUUAAAGAAGCUGUUGAAGAAUGUCCCGAGAUAGCAUUUAAUGCUAUCGUAGAAAUGGUACACAAAUUGAAUCCAAACCAAAGAGCUGAAAUUAUACGGACUUUAUCACAAUUAGAAUCGAAUUGUAAUUGACAAAAAAGUUUUAUUUAUUAUUAAUUAUUUAUUUAGUUCAAAAAAAAUUAAUUAAUUUUACAGAAAAUAUAACCUCAGAAAAAAA